AUGGUUGUUUUGAGAGACACGUCAGUCUGACAUACUUCCGGUCAUCGUUUACAUUGCAGCAUCGGCCACCCGGCACCUCCUCGAAGCAUCGCCGGCGGCAAAAUGGGCGUGCUAAACCGGACAAGGCCACCAGGACUAUUAUAAAGACUCCAAGCCGCGGCUUUUGGCAUCUUUCACGUCUUCCAUGUUUUUCGCGAUUUCUGCUUUCUGCUUCGUCGCAGGUUUGAGAUUUUGUGAAUUUCUAGUUAUGUUGAAGCUUAGUUGAAGUCAUGGGGGUGAUCGAGAAAUACUCUAUAAGGUCGUCGAUGAACACAAUUUUUGAGUUUUUAUACUGAUAAUGAAAAGGAUAGCUACUGAACUUCAAAAAGUUGGACUGUGAUCAAAAAUAACUAAUUUUCAACCGGAUAGCUGAUCUAACUGACCAUUUCUGCCAUUUUUCUCUUCCUUUUGAAGCUCAUCGAGACAAAAAAAAACGCUCUUUCAAGGGAGGUCAUUUUACUGGAUCCUCCUGAAAUCGGCCAGAUAAUUCAUUUAUGUACCAGAUGAAGAUCCUGGAAGUCUCAACCUGCACAACUUCCUGAUUUUCGAGAAAAUAUGCCUCAAACGAAUUAAACACUCAAAAAGAGACUUUAGGACUUUCGGUUAUUAUUUCUUUAAAACUAGGAAGUUGUGCAGGUUGAACGUUUCAAAAUCUUUAUCUGAUGCACCAAAAAGUUCUCCUUCUAUUUUAAUUCUCUCUAGAAAAUUAUGAACACAUGUUUUUAAGAACAAACCGCAAAAUAAAGUUUUUACACGAGUAUUUUGAUUCGAAAAGAAAAAAAAAUUUAAAUCCUUUUAAAAACAAAAAAUGGUCCAAGAUUUGGAAAUCGAGACCAAAAAAUAUCUAGGUGCUCCUCAUAUACAACUAUGUUUAUAGCCUGUGCCGAGUUUGCGCAAGCGGAUCCGCGAGCCAUGCCGUAUUUCAAAGAGGACAACCGUACCGCCACUGAACUAUCCAAGGGUAACAACCCGUUUUUUGUCUCUUGUUUGCUAUUUUCCGUUGAAACGUUUGCCAACAUUGAAUGGACUCGCACCAAAAUGGACCUUUUCAGCGCUAGGAGCGUCGUUUCCGCCUUGCUGUUCAGACUCGAUUUCAAGCAUUGCUUGUCGCAGACUCCAAAUGUCCAACCCGACCAAGUUUCUGGAUAGGUGAACUUUUCGCAUUCUUCUUGGAGGAAUGUUUUCUAUUCGAUCUUUUUGUUUAGGUGCAAAAGCGACGCUGACUUCUCUUUGAUUCAAUGCUGCAACACUUGUGGAAUCGAGAGCGCUGCUGACCGAUAUGAAGUUAUCUUCCAGCAGGUGAAUCUCAACCGUCAUUUGAAAAAUUAGAAAUUCCUGAAUCUUCAGAAUGAACGCUCUGCCGCUUGCUUCGACCGUCACAGCACCGACUUCUGCAAAAGAUUCUUGCAGAAACAGGACGUCUGGGGCAAAGUUAGUUUUCGCAACUCAAACAACUUGCAAAAAUCUUUUUUUCCAGUCCCAGUGGUCUUGUGACGGUCAGUACGCCAAUCUCGCUUUUCGGAUCUGCAGGAAGACGUGCAACUUCUGCCGAGGCGACAUUUACCGCACUCCUUUAGGACGAUUCCAACCUGUCAGCUGCGGAAAACCUCCCGUUCUCAUGCCAAACUAA